AAAGCAUCUAAAUCAAGAAGGUAGCCGAUGGCUAUGCGGCUGCUGAAGGUUUAAGGUUUUUCUUACCGGAGAAGGCUGGGCACAAACAGAGAACGGACCUGGACCACUUCAGCCAGCUUUUUUCAGUAGUAGUUUUGUUUGCUUUUAGGGAUCUGCACAGCGUUCUGUCUUUUGCUAGCUAUCUUUUGGAUAUACAGAUAGUUGGUUGUAAAAGGAAGAUUUGAACAGUGAUCAGGUAGCGAGGAGGAUUGAUUUGCAGAUAUCGGGAGUUUCUUCUUUGAAGAGCCAGAGUAUUUUUGAGUCGUCGAUCUUUAGUGCGGUGACUGUGUUUGGUGAUCUCGACUGAUCCAGAGGAAGAAUCAGAUAGAGAGAAGAAAUGGCGCAUCCGGUGUCGAUAGCGCGGACGUAUGCGUAUGUGAAUGCGCAGAUGCCCGCCUCGUAUUCCGAUUACGAAUCGCUGCAAGUCAGCUGGGGAGAUAUAGAAAACUACGAGAUUGUAAAGAAAGUGGGACGAGGAAAGUACUCGGAAGUGUUUGAGGGCGUGAAUAUUGUGAACAACACAAAGUGCAUUAUUAAAGUGCUCAAGCCGGUGAAGAAGAAGAAGAUCAAACGUGAGGUGAAGAUUCUGCAGAAUCUGUCGGGAGGGCCGAACGUGAUUCAGUUGUAUGACAUGGUUCGGGAUGCUCAGAGUCGGACACCGUCGCUUAUAUUCGAGUAUGUGAACAACAUUGAUUUCAGGUUGUUGUACCCGAGGUUUACGGAUUACGAUAUUCGUUACUACAUUUACGAGCUGCUCAAGGCCCUGGACUUUUGCCAUUCUCGAGGUAUCAUGCAUCGGGAUGUGAAACCUCACAAUGUGAUGAUUGAUCAUGAGAAGCGACAGUUGCGUCUUAUUGACUGGGGUCUUGCUGAGUUUUAUCAUGCGGGACAGGAGUACAAUGUGCGAGUAGCGUCGCGAUAUUUCAAGGGCCCAGAGUUGCUAGUGGAUUUCCAAGAAUACGACUACUCGCUGGAUAUGUGGUCACUAGGCGCGAUGUAUGCGUCGAUGAUUUUCAAAAAAGAGCCGUUUUUCCACGGCAGCUCGAAUGCGGAUCAGUUGGUGAAGAUUGCGCGGGUGCUGGGGACGGACGCGCUGAAUGAGUAUCUGGACAAGUACGAUAUCGAGCUCGAUCCGCAGUACGACGAGCUGAUUGGCAGGUUUGCGAGACGGCCGUGGCAGCGGUUUGUGACGCCGGAGAAUCACAAGUACGUGUCGCCGGAAGCGCUGGAUUUUCUGGACAAGCUGCUACGGUACGACCACCAGGAGAGGUUGACGGCGAAGGAGGCGAUGGCACAUGAAUACUUUGCGCCGGUGAGGAAGGAGCACGAGGAGAAGGCAGCAGCAGCGGCGGCGGGAGGGAGUGGGGGGAGUGGCGGCAGCGGCAGCGGCAGCAGCGGGGAGUGAGGGUGUGUGAGGGCGUGUGACUACGAAGAGCUGCAGGGAGAACGAGAAUGCCGGUUUUACAUGUAAAUAAGGGAUUGCAGGUUAUAACUGGAAGCGGCGGUGACGAGGGAGAAGGAGGAGAGCAGCCAGGCUGUGAUGGAGGUGCAUUACGUAGGUAGGUGUGCUGCGGAGUUGCUGCUGUGAGCCGUGAGCUGCUGUCUGCUGGCAGUUGCGUCAGAACAAACAAAUAA